AGAAGAAGGUAGCAAGCUCAUGUUCCACUCCUGCUGUAGGCCGAGGACUUGUUCCCUUAUGAGGGGCCAAUUGGCAGCCCACCUACCCCGAAGCCAAAAAAAUCAAAUUCAUAGCCCAUUGGCUAAAAGAAAUUAAACCAUAGCCCAUUUUCAAGCCUACCGUAGCCCAAUUGCCCAACGGCUCCAGUUCAGCUUCAGCCCCAUUCGCCUGGAACACGCCUGUUCUGUAAUCUGUAGCAGGGACGAAACUGAAAACGAGAAAAAAAAUAUUUCGUGCUCAUCCUCCUCGGCGGCGGGCUCCGGCGGCGGGCAUUGACGGCGACAUCGUGAACCCUGAGAAAUUGUAAGACUCUCGACAAAGAAGGAAUUUCAUGGCUAUUGAUGGAUUAGUGAUCAAGCUCUUGAUUGACACCAAGGCUCAGAAAGUCUGCUUCGCUGAAGCUGGCAAUGAUGUCAUCGAGCUCCUCUCCUGCCUCCUAUGCCUCCCUAUGGGCACCGUCGUCAACCUGCUUACCAAGGAGCACAUGGUUGGUAGCAUUGGUAAUGUGCUUGACAGCAUGCAGGAACUGGACGCCAAGUAUGUAUGCUCAAGCAAGAGCAAGGAGCCCUAUCUCAGCCCUACCGUUGCCCCUGACAUACUCUGUCCUUUGCAACAGCUACUGGAUGCACCACUAAAUGUGAAUAGCAGUGUCUUCACUUGUUUAGGGAAAACAGACAGCCACACUGGUACACGUAUUACUUGUGGAUACUUUUCAGUUAUCAAAGGCAGCACAUGCCCAUCUUGCUUCCAUCACAUGAAUGAGGAAAUGCCACAUGUCAGAAACAAUGGGUUUGCGUUUGGGACUAGCAGCAAGGGGUUUGUUGUUGGGACUACCACCUACACCAUCUCUGAUGCUCUCUCAAUAACCCCAGCAUCCAGCGUAUCAAGCAUCAACCUGCUUGCACGGUGUGGCGUAAAGGACCUGAGCACGCUGCAACAAAGGACUGUAACCAUUGGCAGUGAAGAGGCACUGGAGAUACUCCUGGCUUCCCUGAAGUCCAAGACCGUACUGACUGAUGUCUUUCUCCCGAAGAAAAAAGUUCGUUGCAAGAAGGAAGUUGCCGCUUAGUUAUUUAUGAAUGGGCAGUUUUUUUGGGGAAUCUCAUGUACAAAUCACCACCACAACUUUAAUCAGAAGGGUAGUUAAUAGUUACAACUUAGAAGUUAAACUACUGCAGGAAAUGGUUUUGUCAGAGCUGUGCUGGAGACAAUAUUCUAUGAAUCCCUGUGGUAAGAUGAAGAACUGCCACUUGAGCCCCUGUUAAUUUGCAUGCAUGGAACAACGUCCUUUGCCUUUUCGUGUGCUAUGCUAUGUGGCAAAAAUAUAUGGACUUGUGAGUU